AUCAACUUCGACGUGCGAUUUCGCCUUUACAUCAGUCAUGAAUUUUAACUCGGAAUCGGAUCCUGCUCAAGCCGCUGACAAGAAACCUCUAUCAGCACUGUCUGUUUCAGAAUCACAGAAGCUCAACACCGAUCUGUUAGAGAGCAUUGCCAAGUGUAUGCAGGUUCAGAACUCCCUCUACAGACUCGUGCUGCUUAAGUUACAUUCUCGAGUCAAAGAUGCUGGUGAAACGUGUAGUCGUGAGUUUGACAGCAAGGAGGUAGAACUACAUGAAGCGUCAAGUGCUGCAAUCUCUGGAAUGAAUGUGAAAGAUUCUCCUGACCCUGCGAUCGUAAAGAGUCCGGAUGCUGAAGAAGGCCUAGACUUGAGUUUCAAUGAUCCCACGAAAAAACCUAACAUUAAGAGUCUGGAUGGUAAUGAUAAAAAUGUCGGCAAGAGGGGUGCAGAUGUGAUGAUAACGGCUUCCAAUAAUGGAAAUCUAAAAGACAUUUCUGGAAUUUCGCCCAAGGCACCCAAAUUAGAGAGUCUGGAAGGCCCUCUUUCUUCUUUUAACAGAGAAGGAAAAAAAGGACUUUCUGACACUUCUGGUUUCUCCAGCCUGGAUGGCACAGGAGCGACUCUGAAUGAUACUCCCGAGGCCCUUCUGGGGAACCAAAAAGGAGGUCCGAAGGAUGCUUCUAAAACUCUACUGAACGAGCUUGCACAGCCCUUGCAGGCCUUAAUUCGCUGUACACAGAUUCAGAGAAGUCUCUUUCACAAAUUGAUCCAAGUGAACGCUAUCACCAGUAACGAUGGAACUGCUUUAUCAUCAGGUAUAUGCCGUAGCAUGAUUGUUUUUGAAAUUAAAGAAAGUUGAUUUCUCUUACAAUUGUAGAUGAAUCUAGCAAAUGGUCGCGAAUUCUUCAGAUCAGUUCUACUAGCGAGGACGAGAAAAGGAGAGGCCAUAGGUUCGAAUCCCGUUGAAAUUUUUUUCGGGUUAAUUUGCAACUGCUUAAGAUUCAGUUACUACAGCUACGAUCAUAUCUUCAUUCAAAUUUAUUAAUCUUGUCGUCCUUACUAUGCUACAAAAUAUCUUCCUGUUAGUUUAGCUUUCCGUCUAGCCUAAUCCCUGAGCAAUAUGUAAAAUGUCCCACUUAUUGAACGUGUAUUGAAUAUUGGCCUAAUGUGUUUUUUUUCUGGUCGAUUUUCGGAAAUUUUAAGCGAUAUCUGGAAAUGAUCUUAUAGAACAAAAUAAUGGACUAAGAAACCGCUUAAAUAACUGAAAAUCAAUCAUAACUGAAUCCAUACAGGUGGCAAAGAACCAGAAAUUUUUAGUUACAAUGGGUAAUCAUUACCUUUUCAAUGCAACUCCUUUUUUGUCCGAGUACGGCUUCAACUACGACACUGACUCCGACUUCGCGGCUAGUGAAAACCACUAACCGGCCGGCACGCCGUGCGGAGUUUGGGAUACCUGUUCUAUGUUGCAGGUCGUCAACUCACAUAACCAAGAAGAAAAAAAUCCAAUUAAAUGAACACUUCCGAUCAAUUUCUAUGAGGUAUUUUAUAUUGCGUUGUUGCAGAAAGAAUAUUCGUUACUUAUUUAUCAAUUUUUUCCUCGUUCAAGCUAAACCAUGGGGUGCUUUCCAUUUAGGCAAAAUUUCUGGUUCGAUCGGUUUAAAUGGAAAUGGCACCCUCUGUUCGACCGGAAAUUUUCCGAAUCAAACGGACGAUCUUCCGAGGUAUUCCACUUCUUUCGCUCCAGCCAGUUGGAACAGAAAUUUCCGUUCCAUUAUAAUUAAGGAGUUUAAGCAAGAACGACGGCGACGGCUACGGAAACGUCACUUUAAAAGUGAAUUUGCGCUUCCUCAAACUAUCGCGCUUAUUCCAUCUCGCUUAAUUCGUCAAAUGUUGGCAAAUUUUUGGGAGUUGAAUUCUAAAGGACUGCAUCAAAGUUCAGAAAAAUAAAAAGAAAGUUGUUGUCUUGUGUUAAAUUUCUCGACAAAACGUGAAAUUACGCACUUUCACGUUGUAGUCGUGCAAUAAUGACAAUUGUUCAAAAAAACGUAAUGCACGUGCAGAGUUUUUGUUUUGCUUAUCUAAGGGCCUGUUUACAUGGAGGUGGGGGACCCCAGGUAGGUGAGGUAACUCGCCUAGGUUGGGUAGCCCGCCUGUCCAUAUAAUAUGUCAUUUUAAUUUGAUCACGUUUACAUGAUAGGUGGGGUGACCCGCCAAGGCGGGUAGCCCGGUCUACCAGACCGGGUUACCCUCUCAGCCGGGGUCAAAUUUUGCCAUGUAAACGUUUCAAGGUGGGGUAACCUGCCGGACCGGGGUCGGAUUCGUGAUACAUCACUGAAAUUCGCGCAAAAUUCACUUUGGCGGUGGCUUUCAUUAUUAUUAAAGUUAACAAUAGAAAGCCACAGCACUGAAGGUUGCAGCAAGAGCAACAAGUGAGUGAAGAAGUGCAUUAAUCGCCAAAACACGUGGUUUGCCAUCAUUUUUCUUGUUUACGUGCUUAGCGACCAUUCAAUAAUCUUGAGAAAGUGCACCCCGGGAUGGCGGGGUUGUAAUAUUGCAUGUAAAGGAGGGUUAUUUUUUUACCUCACCUAAGCAGGUUACCUCACCUACCUGGGAUCCCCCACCUCCAUGUAAACAGGCCCUAAAACUAUUGAUUUUUGCCGUCUCCGUUGCUUAAGCUCCCUAUUCUGUUUCGGCCGGCGGCUGGUGCCUACAUGGAAUUUUUCCCGCCAUUUCCAACGCUUGCUUAAGGGUUAGAUACAUUAUGCUGGAAAAGUAGCAUUAUGCUCGACUGAUUUUGGCUAUAUUUGAUGCCCUUCUCCAUGUCUGCAGGCAUUUUUAAGGUCGUUGACAAAGUUCUCUGGUAGUGAAUAAAAGCGAACUUGGUAUAAUCAGUCUUGUUGUGAUCGCUAAUUUGCUUAACCCCUUGUCCUCAAGAAACGAAAGGGCCUGUUUACAGAUUACUUUACUCCAAUAACAAUUGUAGAAAAUGAUGUUUGAAUUAAUUAAUCUGGCUUUUCUUUACAUCUUUUUUCAAGAUUUGUAUAGUGAGGAACUUGUUAACAUGGUCUCAGUUCAGUCCAAGCUUGAAGACAUUGCAUUUAAAAAGAAAAUGGAAUGCAGCUAUGCUCGAAAUCCCUAUACCAAUCACCAGCUACGACAGGCGACUAGCGAAGACGUUGUACAACAUAUAUCUAGAAAUGAGAAUUCAUUCAACAUGGUUACAAAUGGUGGUGAUGCGGAUAAUGUACGUGAACUCCCUCAUGGACGCGGAAAACUGAAAACUGUAACGGGUGAAGUGGUGUACAAUGGAGAAUGGUGCAAAGGUAAAGUCUUACGGCCCCAGUUGAAAUUAAGUUACCACCUUUGGGCACACACGUGCUCAAAGGGAUUAAUUGCCCAACAGAACCUCUACCAGUAUCAGAUUGUCGUUAAUCAUAUUUCACUUUUCGUUAGAUGUGUGUUUGUGACGGAUGUUACUGGAUUGCUUUUGGGUUGCCUUUUGCUCUUCUUUAGUCUUUUCCCUUAUUAUGUUUAAACCAAGUAAAACUAGUAAAUGUUCCGGUUGUAUCAGCACACGAUUUUAGCCCUCCGGCAAAACAAUGCCCUGGCCCGGACUUGGUCGAGGACGACUCAGACUCAGACCGCUGCGGCUGAACUGCCGGAAAAUACGGAUUCUAAUACCGUUCUUAUCAAGUCCUUGGUGGUCUCCGUUCAAAAAUUGACGAUGGACGUGCAGUCGCUUCGACAAGAAACUCAAGAAUUGCGUAAGUUAGCGUCUAUUCCGCCUGCAAGCGAUCCGCCCCACUUCUUCUUCUUCUUCGCUUGCCAAGAACGCAGCCACAGAUGUUACCCUGCCUGAGCUGAGAGCCAUGACCGCUCUGGUUUCUACGGUCGACCGUCGGGUAAAUUAAUUUGGUUUACUCUACUCCGAGGCUAGCGACACCGAUGGCAAAAAUGUUCAUUUCCCAGCUGCCGGUUUUACGGUCAGCGCCCACCUCUGGACAACCUUAAGCUUAAAAAUGUGUAAAUGUGAAUAUCAUAUUAUCCACUCCACUACACCGGGCACUAUGUGCCCUAUUCUUUACGAAGAGCGUGUGGGUUCUUUAACGUCCCACAGAUUUUUUAUUAUAUGUGUAAGAGCUUGUGAGACAGGGCCUACGGUUUGUAGUCCUUAUCCGAGAAGACUAGAAAGUCAAACCGUUUGCAGAUGUUAUUACAAAGGCGGGCACUUUCUCCUCAGUUAUUUAAAGACCCUGACUGUGGGUCCGGCCGGGUUUUGAACCUACGGCCUCCCGCUCAGCAGACCGGCGCUUAUCCCAUUGAGCUAACCGGUUCGGGUAAGUUGAGAUCUGGUCGAGAAGCCAAACCUACCAGUUCAGUUUUGUACCCUCAGCUUUGGCCCCAGAGUUUCAUUUGUCUCACCCGCACUCAACUUGAGGUUCAUUAUGAAGAUCGUGCAUGUACAAUGGCCGAGCUUGUGGCCGGUUAUGCCCAAAUUUUACAGUCCAAAGAUAUCAUUUCUCUGGAGGUGUCGAAGCGACAGAAGCAUUUGGUCUCCUUAAUCUGCUUAAUGUACUUUGCGCAGCAGUUUACGUGGUCGGCAUUUCUUGAUAAAUUCCACGACGCUGUUCUACUUGAAAUUGAGCGGGCCCUUAUUCAGUGGGGUGACUCUUUUAUGCACUUGGAGAGGCGCACAUUAUAUGGCCAUCCUGUACCUGAAACAUUGACUGCUGAGUCAAGUUCAUUCAAGUCUUCUCCGUUACCCAUUUUAUUUUGUCGCGACUAUCAACCAGACGCUAUCCCUGUCUUUGACUUACGCAAUCAUCGGGGAGCAUUUAAUUUUCCGGCUGUCGUCGAAGCAUAUCUCACUAGUGAUAAUCAACUUGGUCGGGUUGCGGGUUCGUUGUUUCUCCGCCUCAUUCAGUACAGAAACGCGAUUCCAGCCAGCGGCGUGUUAUUGUCGAUUUAAGUUGGCCUUGUGGCCAUUCCGUUAAUGAUGUUAUCCCAAGUGACUCAUUUCUUGGCUAUCAGGUCGAUUUGACUUACCCGACUAUUGACGAUAUUGUAGAAGCAAUUUUUUCUCUUGGUCGUGGUUGUUUGCUGUAUAAGCGAGACCUUCGUAUAGCCUAUUAUCGUCAGUAACACAUUUUUGGUUUCUUCGUCAUAAAAUGAAUAGUCCUUCAGGAAACUGUUAAUUUGUUUCCUUUGAAUUUCGAUCUUUCAUAAGAUUCGUGAGAAACUAAUUUAUUUCUAUUUCCUUGCUUUCUUUUCUGUCAAUUAAGGCAAGAGACAUGGAAAAGGUGAAUGCUUAAUUCUUAGCUUGCAUGGCAUUAACAAUGCGGUUCUUGAGCAUGGAUUUUACACUGGCGGAUGGAAAAAUAACAUGAGGUAAUUAGCUAGCCGUUUUCUAGUGACUGUUAUUAAAUUUAAGAGAAAUCUCUCUGUGUAUCUAUGAAGUAAAAUUUUCUAUGAAUAGGAGCCGUUCUGUACUCCUGUAUUCUUUCCGUCUGUGUCACAAGGAAGCAACAAUUCUAGGAGUGCUGCGCUACUCAAAGAAGUAAUUUGAGGUAGUCAUCGUCAUAAACUUUGUAGGUAAAAACAUAGUGGUCGAUCUGUUCAUCGCGAUGGAUAAUUUGAAAAGUUGAAUAUAGUAGUAUAGGGCGCACCGAUUACCUAUUUCUUGUGCAUUCCGACAAGCUUUUGUAAACUAGCCUGUGAAUGAACAUUGACAUGACUAUGACAUUAACAAUAAUAAGCACUUCUUCAAGAUCACCAGACGUUCUAUUUUAGUAUAAGCGGAUUGACAAGUUUUAAGUUAUUUUAAUGGGGAAUAGUCAUAGUUUUCGAGAAAGAUCACUAAACCGUAACGUUACUUCGGUUGAUCGUCCUAGUACUGGUUCAAUGAGUGUUCAGAGGGCAAUCUGUGCAUAUUAUUGACGCCUAGGGCAAACUGGCCCUUGAAUAAAAGUGAUAAUGCAUCUAAGGCUAGUACAACAACAGGUUGCCCAGCCUCACUGAUUGCACUACAGUACGUAUCCUGCAAAAUUGCAGUGUUUACAUGGGGAUUUAAAAGUUACGCUCCUAAAAUUUGUAGGAAAAACCAAGUAAACGUCAAUGAAACUUACUCCGUAGAGUGCCCACAGUAGUCUCCAGUCCCCACAAAAAAAGCUUCCUAUGUUCGUCUCGGAAAAAAAGAUUGCGAUAUGAUGUUCUUCUUACUAGGCAUGGCAGUGGGAAAAUGAUGUUUUCCUCCGGUGCUGUUUAUGAAGGUCAGUGGCAGUUUGACAGAAUGACAGGAUAUGGUACCUUGAAGCUCCCAGAUGGAACCAUCCAGCAGGGGACUCGGAAAGACGGCUCCUUACAGGGCUGCGCUGUUUUCACCUGGCCACAUGGUACCACAGAGUAUCGCGAAUUUGAUGGCAGUGGUAAAGGCAGGUUUUUUAAUUUGUUUUUUCAAAACGAACUAUCUUCUAAUGCGUAAUGAAGUAGUUUUAGCAGGAGUAGUGGUGGUUGUCUUAGCAGCAAAAACUGUGUUUAAGCCUUGCAAUUGGUUGCCGGAAGAUAGUGCUCAUCAUUGAUUAAAAGGAUUUGAAGAAAUAAAACCAUGUUGUUAAUAUAACUAAGAAUAAAGUACAGAAAGCAAUAGCGCAGAGCUGUAAACACCAGAGGUUGUGGCUCAGCAAGUUAUAUAAUGAACGUCUUAAUUUUAUAACCUAACUAAGAUUGCUUUUACAAUCAAUUAUAGCUCCAGCGUCUUGUCGCACAAUUGAAAAAGAAGUUGCUGAUAAUCUGUUACAAAAGAAUGUCGUUCGCCGGCAGCUGCUUGAUUUGCGAGAAUGUGUUACUGAGUUAAGAGAUGAGAAACUCCGUCUUACAGAGGAGCUUAACGCCCAGAAAGUGAUAUACGACGAGUUGGUCAACAAAGUUUACACAUCUGUGUUCGAGAUUCGUGAAAGCUUUAGGGAACAGCAGAAACGGAAUGAUCAGAAACUGAUAGAAGAGCUGAACAAAGCUUCGGAUGAAGUCAAAACCACACAAAGGGAACUGGAGGAAGCCAAGGGGGGGCUACUAUGCCAGAUAUGUUUUGAGCGACGGCGAGACUGCAUUAUUUUGCCUUGUGCUCAUCUUCUAUACUGCAGGCAGUGUGUGUCUGAACAUAAAAGAAGGGGUGAUUCACGCGGCUGUCCCGCCUGCCGAGGGCCUAUUAACUGUGAGCUUCAGUGUAACAUUAAUCAUCCGUCGUAAGAGCUUGAAGGUAGUGCACAAGGAAUGAGAAAGGACAAAUGGUAGAAAGAUAGUACGAUGA